CGCCGAUCCAUGCACAUGGGGACGGACGUCCCAUCGCCAUUGCCGCGUGCGACCUCAGACUCGCCGCUUGCGCCGUGUCCUCUUCCUCGCGGCGUAUACCGUAGGAGGAGCAGCGGCUCUGCAUCUCCUUGGCCGUAUCCGCUCCGGCGCCACGCCGACCAGGGUGUUGCCGGUGCUAUGAAAGGGGCUCAUCCUCAGGAUAGGAAGCAGAAGAACAAGAAGCAGGACCUGCAGGUGCUGGCGCCCUACCCUGGCUGCCUCGGCAGGGUCAUCAACAUGUUCGACCUCAGCAACGGGGUUGUUGCCACCAAGAUGCUCACCGACAAGGCACACCGCGAUGUUUCUCCGGCUGGUAAGGACCGGAGCAGUGCCUACACAAUGCCAACAACAAAUCAGUUCCCUGCUCAGUUAGAAGAUAAACAGAGAGACAGUCAGCCAAGAAAGACCUCUCCAACGAAGCGAUCGAGCUCACCAACCAACAGAUCCGGUGUGGCACCCGUCAAGAUGCUCAUGGAGAAGGACAUGUGGAGAGAAGGGGUGCCCGAGGACGAGCCGCUGAAUGUUGUUGCCAGACUGAUGGGUCUGAAUGAUGCUCCGGUCCACCAAUCUGAUGUGGUAUCGGGAAGAAAGCCCAGCAAGGAGUAUCAGUCGGGUGCUUUCGGAGAGAUCUUCGGGCGAAAUGUCAAGCCAAAGAAGGAAAGCAGAUGCUACCAGAACCAAAGGGCAGGGACACGGCACGAGCAGAUAUGGGGUGGUUUAGGUGAUCAGCCUUCAAAGAUCAGUAACAGCAAUAGCAGGCACCAAGGAAAUGAACCUUCCUGUGACAAGAGAAUGUCCCUUGUUCGCGAGAAGUUUGCUGAAGCCAAACGUCUGGCGACAGACGAGAAGCUUCUCCAUUCAAAGGAGUUCCAAGAAGCGCUGCAGUUUUUAAGCUCAAACAAAGACAUGUUCCUGAAGUUCCUAGAUGAGCCAAGUCCGCUGUUAUCAAACAACCAUUAUGGAUUUGAACCGGUUACACCACCUUCAGAGGUAAAGCAAAUAACUAUACUGAAGCCAUCCGAGUCAAUGAAGAGAAGAGGCAAUGCUCAUGUUGGAAGGCAGCUAUAUUCAGAUGGAAAUGAAAGUGAGAGCAACAGAUGCGGGCGCCAGUACCAGAGCUUAAGUGCCACCCCGGCAAAUUUAACUUUGUCUGAACCAACAAGAAUUGUAGUACUAAAGCCGGGCCCUGCAAAGUCUCAUGAAGAUAUUAUGAUCCCAGUUUCCCCGUUAGCAUCAUCAACAGAACCAGAUAGUGAAGAUGAUAGUGUGAUGGCAGUUGAUGAAAUAGUAUCCUCGAGAAGACUGGCCAAGGAGAUCACUUGGCAGAUGAGGAUGCGCUUAAAAGACAGCCAGGAUGAAGAUAAUUCGGUGUCUUAUGAAUACCAUGAUACUUAUAUUGAAGAUUGCUCCUUUAGCAAGUCAGAGGUUGAGAUUGCAAAAGAAGUGUCCGGCGAAAUAAGUGAGGAUUUGGAGUUUGGUACCCCCACUUCUGGCCGUUCCUGGGAGUUCCUAAGCAGGAGUGAAAGCCCUUACUCCGCAUCAUGCUCUAGUCAGGCAUCUAAUCGGCGUGAACCCUCGGUGGUAAAGGAAGCCAAAAGGCGGAUCUUGGAGAGAUGGUCAGUCGUAUCAUCAACUGUCAGUUGCGAGGAAGAAAGGGGAGCACGUAGAAGUACGGGCACACUAGGUGAGAUGCUCACUAUUCCUGAAGGGAAGAAGGAUCAGGAAGAGUUUGGGGGGAUAACUAUUGAGAGCACAUCACCUGAGCUGGAUACUGAAGAUCCUUUCUCAUGUUUGCCAAGGUCACGGUCGCUUCCACUUUCUUUGUCUUAUGGAGGCAGGGAGUGGAAUAGAGCUGAUGUUGGUUCUCAGGAAGCUACUACCAAUGGAAAAAGUAGGAAGCCAUCUUCAUUUAGGGAAAAGGUAUCCAGUCUCUUUUCUAAAAAUAAGAAACCAGCUCGGGAGAAGUUAGAUCUGUCUGGAACUUCAUCUGGUAAUGAUACACUCGCAAGUGGAAGUGCCGGUGAUGGCAGUCAAGGAUCUAACCAUUUUACACUGGAAGAUGCACAGAAACUUACUCUGGUUAACGCUGAUGAGAAUGUUAUGCAAAGACACAUGACUAGUUCAUGUCACGCUAAUGAUGUGGCCAGCAACCGCACCAAGGAUGUCUGUCCCUUGCCAAGUCUUGAUGCCCUGGGAUUCUAUGGCGAGUCUCAAGAACAACCAAGCCCUGUGUCUGUGCUGGAUCUGGAUGGACCAUUUCUCUGUGAUAAUAAUAGGAGGCUACUGUACUCAUCUGAAAAUUUCAUUACUGCAUCCUCACAUGCCUUGUCCAGGUCUCCUCUUAUCGGAUCAUUUUCAAGAUCCUUGUCUUGGGAAGAUUGCCCACCGGAAGUCAUGUCGCCAAAUUCGUUGAGACUAUCAAGGCUUUUCUCUAAAGCCGACGAUGAUCAAGACUCGCUGACAUUUAUCCAGAAGUUAGUCUCCUCAGCUGGCAUGGAUAGAAAAGGCUGCGUCUUGGCCAGCCCUCUGGACUCGAGGUUGCUUGCAAAGUUAUCAGAUUACCAAGGAGAGGGAAUUAAGUCAAGGGAAAGGCGGUCAAAAGAGAAGCUUCUUUUCGAUGCUGUCAACGAGGCACUCAUCGAGCUUACUUGGACAACAGAAUUGUCUGCUUACCCAUGGGGCUCGACAUGCUCCCAGCGCAGAGAUUGUGAUGACAGUUCCUGUAACUCGGCGGCUGAUGAAAUCUGGCGAGUCAUAAGGAGCUGGUCGAUCCUGGACAGGUAUCCACCCAGCCAAGUUAUCGAGAGAAACCUUCUACUGGACAUGAUCCUUAAGAGGGAGUUGGUGGAGACCGCAAGUGCUGACACGACACGGUUAGAGACAUUUGAAAUUAACAGCAUGGUCUGUGCGGUGGUUUUGGAGGACCUGCUAGAGGAGGCACUUGUAGAUCUGAUCUGACUAACAACACCUGGUGAGGUACCUAACUAUUAAUUUUGCCUCUUCUCUCUCCUAAUGUUGAUUGCUGUUCACGUGAUGCUUGCUGCUGUAACACUGCUCUAUUUAUCGUGUUACCGCGGAAAAUGUGAUGCCAAAUGUGCCUUUUUCCUGGUUUAUCCUCUAUUUUUUUUUUGUUAUAGAGGAACUGUUGUAAUUAGCUGAUUGUUUUCUGUUUUGAGAAGUAAACUAUCCCAGUGUUGAUACUAUUACAUUUUCUUCCUCA